AUGGAAUGGGUCAAACAGCGCAAGUUACCACCCUGUGAGGCUAUUCGCAAUGGCAACUGGCCUUGUCAUGAUAUAGACGACCUCUGGGAUGCCCUUCAUGGCACAUACAACUCGGCCUCUGGCUGCGAGUACGACGCCUCAGUUUUAGACGAGCUCCCUGACAAGCUGGUCCGCGAGUGGGCUGACUUCUUGGAGCAUGAGUUGUUGAGUGCCCUUAAGGGGUGCUCCAACUCCUCUGUGCCAGGACCAGACCAUGUUACAUGGGUCCACCUAAAGGAGUUGCUCAAGGACAAACAUGUCCUUGCACUCUUCAUCAUGUUGGCCAACGCCUGCCUUCAGGUGGGGCACUGGCCGCAUAUAUUCAAGGAGUCACUAUCGGUCAUCGUCCCGAAACUGAACAAGCCCUCCUACACAUUCCCAAAGGCUUUUAGGCCUAUCGUACUCCUCAUCACUUUCGGUAAACUUAUCGAGAAGAUGAUCGCCAAUGGGAUACAGUUUGACGCUGUCAAGCAUGAUAUCUUCCAUCCAAACCAGCUUGGUGGCAUUUGCCAAAGGUCAACUGAGGAUGCUGGAUUGAUUCUGACUCAUCUUGUGCGAGCGGGGUGGGUUAAGGGUCUCCAGACUAGCGCGCUGGCUUUUGACAUCGCGCAAUUCUUUCCUUCUAUCAACCAUGAGAUGUUCAUGGCUGUACUUCGCAAGCAAGGAUUCUCACCGAUUUUGGUGGCAUUCUUUGCCUCUUAUCUCCUUGACGUGGGUGUCAGGCAGGGCUCUGCUCUCUCGCCUGUUAUCUCUGGGCUCUUCAUCACCAGGGUGAUGAAGCUCUUCUACAUCAAGGCAGCGCCACUUAACACAACACUACUAUCCUUUGUGGACGAUGGGACCAUUUUGGCCCAAUCCAAACAACUUGAUGAUAAUAAUGUGGGUCUGCGUAAGGCCUACAAAAUUAUCUACCUUCUCUUUGUUGCCUUCACACUCGUUCUUGAACACGACAAGACCGAGUUAUUCCACUUUUCGUGUCGUCGAGAUGCCUAUAAUCCCUUGCUGGAUCUGGGGUACUUGGGCUUCUACUUUGACCGUGGGCUCACGUUCCAUGAGCACGUCCGCUACUACACCACCAAGGCGUUCACCACCGUGCAGGCCAUGCGCAUGCUCGGAAACUCUACCAGAGCAGCGCACCUCUUUCUCUCGAAUGCCCACUUGUCAACAAGCGCGAACAACCAGCUCACCGUCUCGCACAUCAUCUAG